UGAUGUACUUCAUCCUGUUGUCAUAGGACUCUGUUGGCUUAAAGGAAAACUAAAGAUCGCAUCAAUGGAGCACAUCCAGGGAGCUUGGAAGACUAUCAGUAAUGGUUUUGGACUGAAGGAUUCCGUCUUUGACGGCCCAAACUGUAUUUCACCUACUAUCGUCCAGCAGUUUGGUUAUCAACGCCGGGCAUCUGAUGAUGGCAAAAUCUCAGAUACUUCCAAAACCAGUAACACUAUCCGUGUUUUCUUGCCCAACAAGCAGCGCACAGUGGUAAAUGUGCGGAAUGGGAUGACCUUACAUGACUGUCUGAGGAAGGCACUUAAAGUAAGAGGCCUGCAGCCAGAGUGCUGUGCUGUUUUUCGACUUCUUACUGAGCCGAAAGGAAAAAAAGUGCGUUUGGAUUGGAAUACGGAUGCUGCCUCCUUGAUUGGAGAGGAACUGCAAGUAGACUUUCUUGAUCACGUUCCACUCACUACACACAAUUUUGCUCGGAAGACCUUUCUAAAGCUUGCGUUCUGUGACAUCUGCCAGAAGUUCCUGCUAAAUGGGUUUCGGUGUCAGACGUGCUGUUAUAAGUUCCACGAGCACUGCAGCACUAAAGUGCCAACCAUGUGUGUCGACUGGAGCAAUAUCAGGCAACUCUUAUUGUUCCUAAAUUCAAAUAUCAGUGACAGUGGUGUCCCUGCACUACCUCCCUUGACAAUGAGACGGUUGCGGGAGUCUGUCUCCCGGAUACCUGUUAGUUCCCAGCACAGGUAUUCUACACCUCAUGCCUUCACAUUCAACACAUCAAAUCCUUCUUCUGAGGGCUCCCUUUCCCAAAGACAGCGAUCUACAUCCACGCCAAAUGUCCAUAUGGUUAGCACUACGAUGCCUGUGGACGGCCGGAUAAUUGAGAAUAACAGCCUGAAUGCUUCUCCCAGUUCCUGGUGCAGACGAUUUUGUUUGAGGGGAAGAGAUGCAAUUCGAAGCCAUAGUGAAUCAGCUUCACCUUCUGCUCUGUCUGGAAGUCCUAACAAUAUGAGCCCCACUGGCUGGUCCCAGCCCAAAACCCCAGUCCCAGCCCAAAGAGAAAGAGCCCCUGGAUCCAACACACAAGAAAAAAACAAAAUUAGGCCUCGUGGACAGAGAGAUUCCAGUUAUUACUGGGAAAUAGAAGCAAGUGAAGUCAUGCUUUCUACCAGAAUAGGGUCAGGUUCUUUUGGGACAGUUUACAAAGGCAAAUGGCAUGGGGAUGUAGCAGUGAAGAUACUAAAGGUUGUAGAUCCAACCCCAGAACAGUUCCAGGCUUUCAGAAAUGAAGUGGCUGUAUUAAGGAAGACCCGGCAUGUUAACAUUUUGCUCUUCAUGGGCUACAUGACUAAGGAUAACCUGGCCAUUGUCACACAGUGGUGUGAAGGAAGCAGCCUGUAUAAACACCUGCAUGUUCAAGAGACCAAGUUCCAAAUGUUCCAGCUCAUUGACAUUGCUCGGCAGACUGCCCAGGGAAUGGACUAUUUGCAUGCAAAGAAUAUCAUCCACAGAGACAUGAAAUCCAAUAAUAUAUUUCUUCAUGAAGGCCUCACUGUGAAAAUAGGAGACUUUGGUCUGGCAACUGUAAAAUCCAGGUGGAGUGGAUCUCAGCAGGUGGAACAGCCCACUGGUUCAAUCUUGUGGAUGGUGAGCAAACAUUUUGCUGCUUUUCAGUAG